AUGCACAGGCACCAGCUGUCCCAGGGCAUUGAGCUGUCCCAGUCCUGCUGUGAGGAGCAGGGUUCCCCCGCAUGCUCAAAAGCACCCCAGGUCGGCAGGGUCAGAGUUCAGCUGGAAAUGCAAGCGCUGUGGCAGCAGUUUGAUCAGCUCGGUACGGAGAUGAUCGUUACCAAGGCUGGGAGGAGGAUGUUCCCAACGUUCCAGGUGGGGAUCUCAGGGAUGGACCCCAGCGCUGAAUACGUUCUGCUCAUGGACUUCAUCCCGGUGGAUGACAAGAGAUACAGGUACGCAUUCCGCAGCUCCUCCUGGCUGGUGGCCGGCCGAGCCGACAUCUCGGCUCCAGGAAGGAUGCACUUCCACCCAGACUCCCCGGGGAGGGGGGCCCAGUGGAUGAAGCAGACCGUGUCCUUUGAUGCCCUGAAGCUCACCAACAACUUGUUGGACGACAACGGCCAUAUGAUUCUCAACUCCAUGCAUCGCUACCAGCCCCGGUUCCACGUCAUCUACGUGGAUCCAGCUCCCAACAGCCACUUGCAUGCCCAAAGGAACUUCUGCUCUUUCUCCUUCCCUGAGACCCAAUUCAUCGCUGUCACCGCCUACCAGAACCACAGGAUCACCCAAUUAAAGAUUGCCAGCAACCCCUUCGCCAAAGGCUUUCGAACAACAGAUGCCGAGGACUGGGGGGGCGGGGCCAGGUCCAUGGUUGCAUGGCACCAAGCAGAGGGCAGAGCUGAGGCCCAAUCAGAAGCGGCGGCGGAGCCCACAGGCUGGGGGUCCCAGACCUCUGCAGCUGGCUGCCAUCACUCCCAUCCUGAAAAAACCUGGUGCUGACCCAACUGACCUUAACCAUUA